GCUGCUGACACACUGGGCGUGUUAUUUUCGUUUCACCAGGCUUUGCGUGUUGUCAUAACUUUUGUUUUCCAUUCCAGGUUUGCAUAAUGAGCGAACCGAGUUUCGUUUCUGACUGACGGCGCUGAGUCAUAUAAAUCAGCUGUCGGUCUUUCAGAGUCACUUUGCUAAAAUGUUUUCAUGGGGAGAGGACAGUCAGCAGGGCUUUCGGCUGAAAGAUGGCUCAAACAGAGCUCAAUCGAAAGCUGAUGCAGUUCACUUUUUGAAGCUCAGUUUUCACAUCGCGGAUCUGUCAGCGGGUCACAAUGUGCUCGCCUUCACCAAACGCAGCGGAGACGCGUUCAUCAUCCGCACUAACGAGAGCGAAGACGGGACCAGAUCCAAAGGAAGACAGAAGUAUGUGAAAUGUCCAGAGAAGAUUCAGGCUGUGAGCUGUGGUGAUGAUGUGGUCACACUGCUGUCUGAGAGGGGCAACGUACUCUGUGUGGACACCGCUCACACUCCUUUCAAUCCAAGGACACCAGAAGUGCUGUGCAACAUAGCAGUUUCUCAGGUUGCUUGUGGGAGCCAGCAUACAGUUGCCCUGACCAAAGAUGGUCAGGUGUAUACGUGGGGCCAGGACUCCAGAGGCCAGCUGGGUCUGGGGAAGAGGAAGGCCGGCGCCAAUUCACCCCAACACCUCCGAUCUCUGUCAGCGAUCCCCCUGGUCCAGAUCGCUGCAGGGGGAGAGCAGAGCUUCGCCCUCUCUGUCUCUGGAGGUGUGUUCGGCUGGGGCAGAAACGACUGUGGACAGCUCGGGCUGGGAGACACGACGGACAGACAUAUUCCAACAUCUGUUCAUUGCCUGAACAUGAAGAAAUCUGUUCACAUUUCCUGUGGAAAGGACCACACUGCCAUUUUGACAAAGGAGGGUGCAGUGUUUACAUUCGGCUCUGGUAAAUGUGGACAGCUUGGGCACAACUCAUCCAGAGAUGAACUACGACCUCGGCUUGUUGCAGAGCUCUGGGGGGCAAAAGUCAACAAGGUUGCAUGUGGACGACAUCACACAUUAGUGCUAACGAACUCCAAGAGAAUCUACUCCUUUGGGUGUGGGGAGCAAGGGCAGCUGGGACAUGGAGAGGAGAGUCAUCCGUCUGUGCCACUACCUGUUCAAAUGCCACAGGACACCACUAAUGGUCUCAUAAUUAGAAACAUCUACGCAGGAGGAAACUGUUCAUUUGCAACGUGCACGUCUAUUCAGGACGUUCAGGAGUUAAACACUGACAGCGUCAACAAUGUAACAAAGCACUCUAUUGAUGAUAUGAUUGACAACUGGAACUCUAUGUGUGAUUCAAAAUCAUGGAAAAAGAUAAAGCAGGAGAUCCACAGGACGUUUUCCUCUGCAUCCUAUGUGAACCAGUGUUUCCUUGACCAAAGCAAAGAUAAACAUUUCCAGACCUCACCAAAGUACUCCGGCUUGAACUUGUCACUUGCACAACUUGCUUUUGAGAAACUGGUGAAGAAGCAGGAUAUUUUUGCAGAGGUUGAGGCUGCUGUUUUGCAGUUGCUUCCGUCUCUUGAUGAGGAACCAGUGGGAGUGGAGGGGUUAAGGGUCUUCCCGCUGCUCAAUGAGCUUCUGCACAUGAUCCAGAGACACAACAGUUGGGGGACUGAGCUUGCAGAGACGGUUGCUGCUGCCAUUCAGAGACUCUCUGCUGAAAGCCUCCAGGUCCUAGUGGACUGGUGGUCUUCACUGUCGCCCUCCACCAUGGUUAAACAUGUGAAGGUAUGGAAGCAGGCCCUCUCAGUGAUCCUGUCCUCUCAACCUGUACCUCGCAACUCUGGAGUCAGAAACCUGCUGCUGGUCCUCCAGGAUAUGUACAAUGCCAACAACGGGAGAGGGCGACUAUGUGCAUCACCCCAGCUGCACAAGUGA